GUUUAGUCUUUACUGAGCACACUAUACUGGAGCACGUGAUAAGCGACAUGACAGUGUACUCUACUAUGUACACCGCACCCUAACAGGAACAGCGACCCCCGUGGACCACGUGACUUGACAUUGUCACGUGACGGCCCGACGUCAGGCGAUCCUUUUACUGAAGUAUAACUAGCAGCUACCCAGCGGUAUGGCGGCGGAGACAGUGGACGGGGAGUCGUCUCGGAAGCUGCUGAGUGCGGUGCUGCAUGAUCUCUCAGGACCCGAGGGGCAACCGAGGCCACAGAACCGAAGAGUGAGCCGUGACGAGGCCGAAGGAGAGCUGUCUGAGGCUGUGCUGAGGCUGGUGGGGGGCAGAGGCGGUCAAUCUUGGCUGGCUGCCUGUUUAGUUGGAUCCGCUGUUCACCAGACCCUGUUGACAGACUUGGACUCCUUUGUUGAGAAGAAGCAGGAUGAGGUGGAAGGACCAGAAAAUGAUGUACAGACUGGAAGCCUCCUCGACUUUGAUGCUUUACUUCAACGCUGCCUUACCUGUCUCCAAGAGAUCAGCAGUCAGUGGCAAAUACAGUUACCUUCAGCACCAACCACUAAACGAAGCUUGCUUGUCUCUAUUCACUCAAUACGCAACACAAGAAGGAAAAUGGAAGAUCGUCAUGUGUCGCUCUUGGAAUUCAACCAGCUUUUUGGCUUCAAGGAUGGCGUGGAGAGAUCAUAUUUUGCUGUAUUUGAUGGGCAUGGUGGAAUAGAUGCUGCUAAUUAUGCUGCUACCCACGUCCAUGUUAUGGUGGCCCGACAUGAAACAUUGAUGUCAGAUCCUGCCAGGGCUUUAAAGGAAGCCUUUCAGCGUACAGAUGCUAUGUUCCUUAAAAGAGCAAGACGAGAGAGACUGCGCAGUGGUACUACUGGAGUGUGUGCACUGUUGGAAGGUGAUCAGUUACAUGUGGCAUGGUUGGGUGACUCUCAAGCUCUUCUUGUGCGACAAGGAAUUCCAGUGACUCUUAUGGAGCCUCACAAGCCAGAGAGAGAGGAUGAGCGCGAACGAAUAGAAUCCCUAGGGGGCUGUGUUACUUUUAUGGGGUGCUGGCGAGUUAAUGGGACUCUUGCUGUGUCCAGAGCGAUUGGUGAUAUUGAUCAAAAACCAUAUGUGUCUGGAGAAGCGGAUGUGUCCUCGCAUACCCAGUGUGGCUCAGAUGACUUCCUUGUCUUGGCUUGUGAUGGUUUUUAUGAUGCAGUGUCAUCCUCUGAGGUUCCUAGCCUUGUUUUAGGUCAUCUUCAAGAGAAUGGUGGAGAUGGACAACAUGUUGCUGUAAGGCUGGUGGCAGCUGCUAAAGAGGGUGGCUCUAGUGACAAUAUCACAGUUCUGGUUGUCUUUCUUCGUGACCCUGCUAAAAUCUUGGAAGACUAUCUGGCACAUGGAAGUGGGGAAGAUGAACCCUUGUUUGAUUUUGGAGGUGGAGGAGUAGAGGUUGCAUCAGACCAUGCAGGUUGAUGCCACUUCUUACUGACAUAAGACUCUCAGGACAUUUUGUAAGGAAAGGCAGUAGACUAUUUAACCCCACAGUAGGGUUACGUCAGGAAUUCCUCUUCAGGUAGUCUAAAUCUCCAAGUCGUCAACAGAGAUAUGUUCUUUAUAACAACAAAAGCAGUGAAGAUUUCCCUCUGGCAUUGAUGGAAUUCAAAGGGACAAAAAAAUGCUGUAUUUAACGCUAUAUAUCUCAGUGAUGCAGUUUGUAGAUCCCUAUGCCAUCUAGACAGUAUGACUACAUGAAAGCACUGUCUAUUUUCUACUUUUGUUCUCAGUAUUACAUUGCAAUGGCCAAUAUAGAAAUUACAGUAUGAGAGGUCACAGACUGCAAAGGGUUUAGUUACUGUUGUAGUCAAUGCAGUAUGUAAAUGAUAUACUGCUGUCUGUAAAGGAGGAAACUGCUUCUAUAUCUGCUAUUAUUUCCAUGAUGUAGCACAUGGGUGGAUAAGGGCACAGUAUUUAUAAAGGUGCUCAAUAAAAAAUACAUUUUGAUUUUUUUUUCUUUAAAAAAAAAAAAUAUAUAUAUAAUGAUGAUAAUUUCCAGCAUCUGAUUUGCUGUAUUUUUGGCACUUGAUAUACAAGUUCUAGACAGUCCUCAUACAGUCAUGGGCAUGAGCUGUAAUGGUCAUGCAUUACAUCCACUUUCACUAUAAGGGAUCACAUUUGGAAAACUUUUAUAUAAUAAUCGGAUCAGAUGGAGGAUUAUUUUGUUUUUGUGGGGAAAAUAACCUAUAAUACAGGAUUACAGGACCCCCUCAGCAAGUAAUUAUUAUUAUUUUUUUUUUUUGCACCAAUGAAAGUUUAAAAGUACAGAAAUGUAAUGAAUGGAUCGAAUGUGCGCAAACACAGAGAUUAUAUGGUCAGACCUACAUUCUGUCUUCAGAGGCAGACACUGUUCACGGAAAAAAUCUCAGGUUUUAUGUUUAUUGUAUAUGUUGUCUGAUAGCAGAUAAAAGUUUCAAUUAUUUGUGACUUUAUUCCAAAAAUACUUAAAAAAAAAAAAUAAAAAACAAAUCUAUACAUGUAUUUGUUCCCAGAGGCUUGACGCAAUCUGUAAGAAUGCUCAGUCAUUGCUUGGCCAAAUUGAGAAACAUUUGUUCAUUAAAAGAAGGGCAUAUCUAUCUCAUGCUAUUUUUACUUAAUGAAGUGUGGUUCUUUACAGUAUUUUUAUUUACUUUAACUAAUAUUUGGAGCUCUACUAAAACCCUUCAAUAUAGAAUGCCACUGUUUUAUAUUAAACAAGCAAGUGCCUACUACAUGUAUACAAUGUUAUUAUUGCACAUCUGAUUGUGUGUGUUUGCCUAUUUAAAUGUGUGUUUUUUUAUAUAAUUUACAGUGUUAAGGUUUUAUACAAGUGAAUAUAUCAUUUUGUUUUUUGUAAGAUUCUUUUCUAAGGUUGGCUUGUGACAUUUGUCUGUUAUGAGAGUCACUCACAUCCUGUAAGCUAAAGGUAAUCGUGUCCAAGACAAAAUACAUUGUCACUGUGUAAUAAAGCUACAUAUUCUGUUCAGUAUUGUGGAAAUAUAAAGAGAAUCAGACUAUUAUGGAUCCUCUGUAAACCUAUGAGUAUUGUAGAAAUAAAUGUUUGGAUAUA